UCGAAGGCGAGAGCAGAAGAAGAGAUGAGCCCGGGGCGACGAUGGCGGCGGUGCGUCCGCUCGGCCGGCUUCCUUUUCGCUGCCUCUGCCGCCCUCCUCCUUGGCUCGACCGUCGCCCUUUUCGCCUGGCUCACCGUCUCCCCCUUCCCCAAACCCCUGCCUCUCUCGCCCUCCUCUGCAUCCGGAUGCCGCCCCGACGGCGAGGGAUCCUGGUCCGUCGGCCUCUUCUACGGAGAUUCCCCCUUCUCCCUCAAGCCCAUCGAAUUCUGGAAUGUGUGGGACAACGAGACAGCGGCAUGGCCGGUGGCGAAUCCGGUGGUCACUUGUGCCUCGGCGACGGACGCUGGCUUCCCUAGCAACUUUGUGGCCGAUCCCUUCCUCUAUAUCCAGGAAGAUAUUUUGUAUUUGUUCUUUGAAACGAAGAACUCUGUCACAUUGCAAGGAGACAUUGGUGUUGCUAGGAGCAAGGACAAGGGUGCAACAUGGCACCACCUGGGUAUUGUGCUGGACGAAGAAUGGCACCUUUCUUACCCAUAUGUUUUCAGCUACCAGGACCAGAUCUAUAUGAUGCCCGAAGGCAGUGAGAAAGCGGACCUCCGGCUUUACCGGGCAGUGAAUUUUCCUUUAAGGUGGACACUGGAAAAGGUCAUUCUUAAGAAGCCGCUUGUAGACUCAUUCCUUAUAAAUCAUCAGGGUUAUUUUUGGCUUUUUGGGUCAGAUUUCAGUUCUGUGGGUGCCAAAAAGAAUGGAGAGCUUGAAAUCUGGUACAGUAGCUCACUGCUUGGUCCUUGGAAGCCACACAAACAGAAUCCAGUUCAUAACAUGGAUAAGAGUUUAGGUGCUAGAAAUGCAGGAAGGCCAUUCACUUCUAAAGGUGAGCUCUAUCGCCCAGGGCAAGACUGCGGUGGUACAUAUGGGCAGCGUAUACGCCUUUUCAAUGUCAAGGUUCUUGCCAAAGAUGAAUACGAGGAAGUCGAAGUUCCACUUGGUUCGGAUGAGCCUCAAAAAGGCAGUAAUGCUUGGAAUGGUGCUCGUUACCAUCACCUAGAUGUGCAACGGCUCACGUCGGAUCAAUGGGUUGCGGUAAUGGAUGGUGAUCGAGUUCCUUCGGGUGAUGUCGUUCGCAGGCUUUUGAUAGGCUACUCAGCAUUUGGAGCUGCUAUUGUACUGGUUAUAUUAUCAGGGGUGUUCCUAAGUGCAAUUAAGUGCAAUUUACCUCUUAGCCAAUGUCUUCAUUUUUCGAGGAAGCCAAAUGAUGUCCUUCGGUCACAAGAACAUCAUCUUCAACAUUGUUCUUUGUUUAGAUGGCUUUGCAGCCAUUUGAACAAUAUGACAUCUCCAUUGGGAGGAAGAAUUAGACCCAACACCUGUACAGGCCAGUCAAUCCUAGCUAUUAUAUUUGUGGUAGUGGUUUCAUUAACAUGUAUCGGCACCCAUUAUGUAUAUGGAGGCAAUGGUGCAGGGGAGGCUUACUCAUUGAAGGGGCACUACUCUCAGUUCACGCUUGUGACAAUGACAUAUGAUGCCCGCCUCUGGAAUUUGAAGAUGUACGUGAAACAUUACUCGAGAUGCACAUCAAUACAAGAGAUCCUGGUGGUGUGGAACAAAGGCCAGCCACCAAAUGUUACCAGGUUUGACUCAGCAGUGCCACUUCGAAUCCGAGUGGAGAAGAGGAACUCCUUAAACAACAGGUUCAAUGUAGAUCCAUCCAUAAAAACAAGAGCAGUUUUGGAACUCGAUGAUGAUAUCAUGAUGACCUGUGACAACAUAGAGCGUGGAUUCAAGAUAUGGAGGGAUCACCCUGAUAGGAUUGUGGGAUUCUACCCGCGUGUUGCAGAAGGAAAACCACUAAGGUACAGGGAUGAGAAGUAUGCUCGGAAACAAGGAGGUUACAACAUGAUACUCGCAGGAGCUGCAUUCAUGGAUCAUAAAUUAGCAUUCGAAAGGUAUUGGAGCAAUGACACAAAGAUUGGGAGGGACAUUGUGGAUAAGUUCUUCAACUGCGAGGAUUUGCUUAUGAAUUUCUUGUAUGCAAAUGCAAGUUCAUCAAGGAAGACGAUCGAAUACGUGAAGCCCUCGUGGGCUUUAGACACAUCAAAGUUCUCAGGAGUGGCCAUUAGUCGAAACACACAGGAACACUAUCAAGUGAGGAGUGAAUGCCUUGCUAGGUUCUCAGAGCUGUAUGGAGAUUUGGCUGCCAAUAAAUGGAGCUUUGGUAGCAGAAAAGAUGGCUGGGAUGUAUAGCAGUCAGCAGUUUGAUGUAAGUUUUCAUUGCGAUUUUAGCUAUGUCCUUUUUUUCACUGAACUUUACAUCUGUAUCUUAUUUUCUGUACCAUUUAGCUUUGGGGUGGUGAGAGAUGUACAUGUCUGGGUCUGUUUGUUUCAGAGUUAAUGUAUUAUUGCUCGAGUAAAGUUUGGUCUUGACUAUCAA